AUGAAGUUCAUCAACGUCGUCGCUUUUGCCACUGCCGCCUCCGCUGCUGCCAUCCAGGACCAGCGCAGUUUCAGCCUCGAUACCCUCGAACAGGUUGACACUACCCUGGAGGCCAUCGUUACGACGCUCAAUCAGCGCAAUUCCAAUUCGCCGGAAACCAUAAGCGCAAUUUUUUUCCAAUCUCGAAUUCUCCCGCUCACUGCCACUAUUAGGCACGAGGCCAUCAAGAUUUAUAGAUCGGGGAAGCCUCUUCCGUUCAACGACGCAAAGCGUCUUCUUGCUCCUGCCGAAAACUUCCCAGCCUUAGCCACUUCUCUUCGCUCUGCCUUGAAAGCUGAAAAUGUAAGGGCGGCCAUUAUCCAGCAAGACGUUUGUAAUGGCGUCAAAUCAUCCAUCAGUGGCCUUCAAGACGCAUUGGCUGGUUAUGAAAAUGAUGUACGUCGAUUUACGCCUAACAUCGACUCGAAUGCCAAUUACAACAACCUUGUAGCCUUUGUCGAUUCCUUGGCCGAAACAGGGGCAAUGUUCAAGGAUUGCUAA